AUGAAGCAUGUAUCUUGGGUCUACGUUUUAGCCCUCGACAUGGAUUUGCAAAACCUUCAAGUAAUUGGCGAUUCGAAUUUGUUGAUUCAUCAAGUUCGAGGAGAGUGGGCCACCAAAAACGAGAAGAUCAUACCGCAUGUCGGACUUGUGCAAAGAUUGGCAGAUCGGUUCCAAGAAGUCAAGUUCAAACACAUACCGAGAACCCAAAAUGAGUUUGUUGGUGCAUUGGCAACAAUAGCAUCCAUGAUUCAACAUCCUGACAGUAGAUACAUUGAUCCUGUCAAAGUUAAAAUCAGAGAUCAACCGGCUCACUGUGCUUUUGUAAAGGCAGAGACUGAUGGAAAACCUUGGUACGUUGAAAUUAAAAGGUUCUUGGAGAAAGGAGUAUAUCCCAAAGGAAUCACCUUAUAUCUGAUGUGCCGGGAUUUUGGCACAUCUAAUGCUCUUUAA